AUGGAUGGCAACCCUGGCGCAUCUGCAAUUCCCACGUCGCAAACAUCAUCAUCAUCAUCAUCAUCAUCAUCAUCAACCCCUUCUGCCUUUGCGCUGUCUAAUCUCGGCGGCUCCAACCAAUUCCUUAGCGCUGGACUAGGUCUGAUGAUCUUCGGCUCCUUUCUGGCCGUCUCUCAGCGUGGCAUCAAGAAGGGCGCAUCGCUAGCGCAAAGAAGGCUCCUCAUCUCCCUCGAGAUUCCUUCAAAGGACAAGAGUCACGCCUGGGUACUCGGCUGGCUCGGCAGGCAGGCCAGCUUGCAGAACGCUGCUGCUGCUGCUGCCCGCAGACAAUCGCUUGGCAGCGGCAAGGGCAAGGAGAAGCAGCAGGAAAGCCUGAGCGUGCUGCUCGGGCUGAAUCAAAAGGCCCACGCUUCUGCCACAAAAGUCUGGUCGCACGAACUGUCUGUCGAGACUUCGCUGGGUGAGAUCAAGAAGCAGGCAGAUCAAGCAACAGAGUCGAGCAAAUCAUCCGCGACUCCUCAGCAGCGCAGAGACAAGAUGGAGUUCAACCUCGUGCCUGGUCCCGGCAGCCAUUGGGUCAGAUACAGGGGUUGCUGGAUCAAGCUGCAUCGCGAACGCGCGACCAAGAUGAUCGAUCUGUCCACAGGCGCUCCCUGGGAGACGCUCACCCUCACCACUCUGCGUUCCACCUCCCACAUCUUGCCCUCGCUACUCUCUGAAGCCAAGCAACUAGCACAGGAGUCGAUUGAAGGCAAGACGAUCAUCUACACCGCGUGGGGCACUGAGUGGAAGCCCUUUGGCAAGCCGAGGAGAGUCAGGGAUUUGAGCAGCGUGGUGCUCAAGGACGGUCAAGUAGAGAGGAUACAAGGCGACGUCAAGGCAUUCUUAAAUAGGGGAGAGUGGUACAGGCAAAGAGGGAUACCGUACAGACGAGGAUACCUCUUGUACGGCGCUCCAGGCUCAGGAAAGUCGUCAUUCAUCACAGCGCUGGCCGGUUCCCUGGACUUGUCCAUCUGCUUGCUCAAUCUGUCUGAGCGAGGUUUGACAGACGGCAAAUUGACCUAUCUCCUGAGCAACCUUCCCGACGCUUCCAUUUUGCUCCUGGAGGACAUAGACGCCGCAUUCCCAUCUCGCACUAGAUCGGGCGGGGAGGAUGUGGGGGAUGGCUUCGUGCCCGGCGUGACCUUCUCUGGCCUACUCAAUGCCCUAGAUGGCGUAGCUUCGAGCGAGAGCCGUAUUGUUUUCAUGACUACUAACCACGCGGAACGCUUGGAUCCUGCCCUGGUGCGGCCUGGCAGAGUGGAUCUCAGCUUGGAGCUGGGCGAUGCGGACGAACAUCAAGUCAGGCUGAUGUUCAAAAAAUUCUACGCGGAAAGCGUACAGGAAGAGAAUCGCAAUGGGCGCCUCACAAUUUUGCAGGACGAAUUGGCCACGGCGGUGAAGCAGGAGACGAGCAAAAGGAGGCGGUUGUUCGGGCUGGACCCCACAGGACGCUUUGCUACUACCACCCACGGGCCUUCGAGCCCCGUGAGUACGCCAUCCACCAGCUCCAAUCUCAACCCUACGCUAUUGCCCGCGUCCAAGGGUGGCAUAUCGAUGGCCGAGCUGCAAGGCCUCUUUAUUCGCUUCCCGAAUCAUCCCGAAGAAGCCGUAAAAUGCUUCAAGCACGAGAACGAGGCUCUUCGGGAGCAGCUCGCAGCUGUCAAUGCGGAUCCAGAACGCAAUUGA